ACACCCUGAGGCCACAGGGGAUGGGAGGUCGGGUGGAGGAAGAGUAUGGGUGCGCACAGCUCGGGGUUUGUUGCACGCGGGCAGCGGAGAAGAGGUGUAACCGAUCACAGCUGCUGCCGUGAGGGACUGAAGAGCUAUUCCCGUCCCCCCACCCUCCGUGGGUUGGUUUGGUCACGUGCCCUCGGGGAGCUUUUAGUUUUUUUUUUUUUUUUUGGAGGGGGAGAGGAAGCGCGCGACCGUUGCGCACAGCUCGAGUUGGACAGCAACAUCUUUAACAGGCGUUAAUGAUCCGGCGGCGGAUCAACCAGAUCAGUUUUGUUUUGGGGCGUUGUCACACACUCUACAUCGGUGUGUGUCUGAUACGCAGAUCCGUCAGGCGCUGACACGGCGUGUGUGAUCCCCCCUCUCACCAGUCACUGACUCGUCAAAAACUUCUGCGCUUACCAAGUGUGAUCUUUACUGCGAGCGUCACGUUGUUGCCAUCCACUGCCUACAAGUCGACACACGGAGCUGUCACCGGCGGACCGAGUCCAUCAACGUCCACAGUGGUGCUGCUCACUGCUAACUAGGCUGCCUCUGAGCCCACAGGUAAUUGGCCAGCUUCCGUGGGAUUUGAUGUCACCUUUAGAUUGGUUUAACUGAAGAUGGAAACACUGGAGUCUGAGCUGACCUGCCCGAUCUGCCUGGAGUUGUUUGAAGAUCCCCUGCUCUUGCCCUGUGCUCACAGUCUGUGCUUUAACUGUGCCCACCGCAUCCUGGUGUCUCACUGCUCCACCAGCAAGCCCCUCGAAUCCAUCUCGGCCUUUCAGUGCCCCACUUGUCGUUACGUCAUCACGCUGAAUCACCGCGGCCUGGAGGGCCUUAAGCGCAAUGUGACGCUGCAGAACAUCAUUGACCGCUUCCAAAAGGCCUCCCUCAGCGGCCCCAACUCCCCCACCGAGAGCCGGCGCCUGCAGCCGCAGCGGCCCUACACCGCCACCAUUAGCGGAACAAUAGCUGGAACAAUUGGCGGCGGCGGUGGUGGCACGAGUGGAAGCAGCGCCCGCGGCAGCCCGGCCACUUCCAGCCACUCCCACCCGCACGCCAACCACACCAAUCACGUCAACCACACCAACGCCAACCACAGCCCAGCUGUAGUUGCCAAAAUGGAUCCGCGCAUCAGCUGCCAGUUCUGUGAGCAGGAUCCGCCGCGCGAGGCCGUCAAGACGUGCGUCACGUGCGAGGUGUCGUACUGCGACCGCUGCCUGCGUGCCACACAUCCCAACAAGAAGCCGUUCACCAGCCACCGCCUGGUGGAGCCCGUGCCGGACACUCACAUCCGGGGCCUGACUUGUCUGGAGCACGAGAACGAGAAGGUCAACAUGUACUGCUUGGUGGAUGACCAGCUCAUUUGUGCCCUCUGCAAGCUGGUGGGGCGCCACCGAGAGCACCAGGUGUCGUCGCUCACCGAGCGCUUUGACAAGCUCAAGGCUUAUCAGGUGAGCCCGGGCAGAGUGUCAGAUGCGGUAAUGGAGGCUUCAAAGACAAGCGCUGCGCAAACCCUGGAGAACAACCUGACCAACCUGGUGAAGAGAAACAGCGAGCUUGAAAACCAAAUGGCAAAACUCAUCCAGAUCUGCCAACAAGUUGAGGUGAACACAGCCAUGCAUGAAGCUAAGCUGGUGGAGGAGUGCGAUGAGCUAGUGGAGAUAAUUCGCCAGAGAAAACAGGUCAUCGCUGUGAAGAUCAAGGAGUCCAAGGUGAUGAAAUUGCGCAAGCUGGCUCAACAGAUUGCAAACUGUCGCCAGUGUCUGGAGCGCUCCAGCGCCCUCAUCACGCAAGCCGAACAGAGCCUGAAGGAGAACGACCACGCCCGCUUCCUCCAGACCGCCCGAAAUGUAGCAGAAAGGGUUGCCAUGGCGACGGCCUCCUCCCAGGUGCUCAUCCCUGACGUCAACCUGAACGAGGCAUUUGACAACUUUGCCCUGGAUUUCUCCCGAGAGAAGAAGAUUUUAGAAGGACUAGAUUAUCUAACAGCUCCCAACCCGCCAUCCAUAAGAGACGAGCUGUGUACCGCUUCCCAUGACACCAUCACUGUCCACUGGACGUCAGAGGACGAGUUCAGCGUCACCUCCUACGAGCUGCAGUACACCAUCUACACAGGCCAGACGAAUUUCAUCAGUUUGUACAACUCAGCAGACAGCUGGAUGAUCGUACCUAACAUCAAGCAGAACCACUACACGGUGCACGGCUUGCAGAGUGGCACCCGUUAUAUCUUCUUUGUCAAGGCUAUCAACCAGGCAGGAAGCCGCAACAGUGAGCCCGCCCGCCUCAAAACCAACAGUCAACCCUUCAAGUUGGACCCAAAGACGGCCCACAAGAAGCUUCGUCUGUCCAACGACUGCCUGACCAUGGAGAAGGACGAGAGCUCGCUGAAGAAGAGCCACACCCCGGAGCGUUUCAGCGGCACGGGCUCCUAUGGAGCAGCUGGUAAUGUCUUCAUUGACAGCGGGUGCCACUACUGGGAAGUGCUGCUGGGAGCGUCCACAUGGUAUGCCAUUGGCGUGGCUUACAAAUCAGCCCCGAAAAACGAAUGGAGCGGCAAGAACUCAUCCUCAUGGGUGUUCUCGCGCUGCAAUAACAACUUUAUGGUGCGCCACGACGGCAAGGAGAUGCUGGUGGAGGCGAGCCUGCAGCUGAGGCGGCUGGGCGUCCUUCUGGACUAUGACAACAAUUCGCUGUCCUUCUACGACGCCAUGAACUCCCAGCACAUUCACACCUUCGAAAUCUCCUUCCUCCUGCCCGUGGUACCCACUUUCAUGAUCUGGAACAAGUCAGUCAUGAUACUCUCAGGGCUACCCGUCCCCGACUUUGUCGAUGGUGUGGCCUCGGAUCUUCAAGAGCAGCAACAGCAGCAGAUGGGCCUGUGCCGGCAAGAGUCGCCGUACUUGACCGGGAUGAAAACCUGCCACUGAGAAAAGGGGCCUGCCAGAUGGCCUAACAGAGUCCACUCAGGCCCGGUGACUGAAAGGUUGACUGGAAGCUGAAAGACGGUGUGACUUGAGUCUUGCUCUAAUCUUCAUUAUGAGCAGACUAGUUACUUUUUUACAGAUUUAGAAAGUGAUGGAAUUAUGCACACAAGUCUGGAAAAAAAUGUCAGUCCUGUUAGUUUGUAGCCAUCCAACGCUUUGAAAAUCCAUCAGUGAAUGGGAACAAGGUCUCUUGACUGUAAAUGUCAGCGGACGUCAUCCAAUGCCCUGGAGUCACUGAGGAAGAGAGCUUUGGUCCGUCAUUGGGCAGGGCUGGACUCCUGGUUUUCUUGACCAUUUAAGGUCUUCCUUUUUGAUUUUUUUUUUUCUCUUGGUUUGACCCUAGGCAGAAGACCAAGAAGGGAAUAGUCUCGUCAGCCAUUUAGAGUUUGAAGUACAACAUGUGAACAGUGUCAUUACUAAAUGCCUCCACUGGUGUUGAUUAAAACCGCAAAAACAUAGGCAGCAAAAAAGAAUCUGGUGACUACAGACAUAUUAAUAUGAAAUGUCACAUCAAGCUCUUGUCAAAUGAUCAAAUUUUAUAUUUGAUGAAAUGAUCUUAAUUAACAGUUAAUGGAAAAGUUGCUUCUUUGGCAAGAGUUAUAAAGUGAACAAGCAUGUCUCAGAACAUUUAUUUUGUUCAAUGUGAAUGUGUUUUCCUUGAGUUUUUACUGUGUGAGCAUCUCACUAACGCAAAUACAUGCAAGCAAUGGACUUGGUUACGUCACAACAAGGUGCGUCAUAAAUCCUCCAGUGUCACUGUUCAUAUGUUGCACCCUCAGUCGCUGUGUGUGAUUGUUGCUAAAGUCUUUUCCUUGGUCUUCCUCCUAGAUCUGACCCAAGCAGCUUCCAAGUUUCAGGAAGUGUUAACGUUGCUCCCGGAUAAUUAACAAGGUCACAGGGGGGUAUAGAUUUGCAUCAUGUGACUACUCGACUUGUAUAAUAAGAGGUUUAUUGAAUACUAGAGGAAAAAGUGUUAUUUAUGACAAAAAAGGAUGGUUUACUUUUAAUAUUAAUCUCAACAUAUUCAUGCACUUUUUAAUUAACACUAUUUCCCCUCUAUGAGUAUUUGAAUAGUUGAGUGGCAGGGUCACAAUGGGGAGAGAAAGAGAUGACUAGCACUACUGCUGGUUGUGUUCAGUCAUUUUUUACAAAAUAAUUUAUGAUCAGUUGUUAAUGAUGGUUGCCAAAUAUUAACUAUACAAUUGUUUAUUGCAAUAAAAAACUGUUCGAGCUAUUUUUUUGUUUUGCAAACACCUAAUUUGGUCACUUAAAGCACUUUGCAAUAAGACAGAAGUCUCUGCUGUAAAGUUGUAAAGUUUUUUUCUCUGUGCUUUGAACACAACCAGUGACUUUCCCUCCCCAUUGGUCUUUUCGAUAGCAUAUAGUAAAUCUUCUUUAGAAAAGGGAUACAAUUGUGAUGAUGUUUAUGUGAUUUUUAUCACGAUAAAAUGACGAUAAACUAAUAGCUGUUUAACAAAGAAGUUCACUCUGUUUUUGACUAUUUCAGGGAAGGAGAGGGUUAACACUUUAACUUGCUGUCUGUCGCAAUGUCAUGGCAUGAUUGUGUUCUCCUCUGUGAUUUGUUAACACACACGCACACACACAUACACACGCGCGCACCAACACACGUCAUGUUUCGUUUAGGUUGGCCUUGUCGUGAUAAAUGCAUGAUACAUUGUAGGAUCCCACAACAGUCCACUGGGUGAUUUACGUAGCUCUCUCAAGUUCACAAGAUCUCGUGUUCAUCAGAUGCAGACUCACCUGAACAUUCGCUCACAACCGACUUAACCUCAAAUAUUUUUUCUUUCUUUCUUUUUGUGUCACCCAUUGCUUCUCAAAUAACAGCUGUGGCUGGAUCCAUUGUUUUCUUAUUAUUUGGAAUUUGAAGGCCUAGUGUGGGUGGCAGUUUCUCUCUGGUUUGAUAUUCAGGUUGUGGCUCUGAUUCAGACAAUCAAAUAUGUAUCAUAGUGUAUUCAGAUUGAAGAGGUUGUGUGGCAGAAGAAGUGCAGAGGGAUUGUGAUAAAGUUGUGUUGGAAAAAGAUGUUUUCAUACCAUCUGGUUAGAUCUGACAAACUCACAGCCAUUUUUUUCUCUCUUUACACGUCACCAGGUAUGUACUCGAUGUUGAAUGUCAUGUAACAUUUGUAGUGACAGGCUAUGAUUUGCGUGACUUUAAAAAACAGGCGUACCUGGCAAACACACACUGCUUUCAAUCAUUUGAUAGUAACCUUGGUUUCUUAUUGACAAGUCCAAACAAAGAUCCAGUGAUGUCGUGGCCUCUCAGUGCACCUCUCAACCUGCAGUGUUCUUUUAGGGCGACUGGGUGACGCGUCCAUCAUGAUUAUUUGAUUGAGGUUUUGAUUGUCUGAUUGUCAAAGUUAACCCCAACAGGAGCUCCAGUAUGAGAGGGUUACGGUUAUUUCUUCUGUCAGGGAGAUUAGUGAAUGUUACCUGACUUCCAGACAUCCACCCAUCUUGUUGGAUAAUGUCGGUUGUAGGGAUCGAAACAGCCGCGUGUUGACUCGUGAUCCGGACUGACAAGCUCAACUCAUCUGUGCAAAUGUGCUUGGCUGGGUCACUGCAUGAUUACGUGACCUUGCUGCAGGUUCAUAACUCUUUCCUUAUCUUCACGAUGAGGUUUCUUAUCUCGAGUCAAACAUAUUCUCUCUUUUUUUCCCAAAAGAAAAAAGAAAAAAAAAAGAAACCAUGACAAGAAAUGUUCAUUGCCAUGCAUAUCAGAUCGUUUGCAGUGCUCUUUCUUUCUUUGUGUCACAAGUCAAUACAGUAAAAUAUAUACAGUGAAUGAUUUUCAAUAGCUACCCACUCCUUGUAGUGCAGUGUAAUACCCUAGAGACAAUGCAAUAGAUUCUCCUUUUUGCUUUUCUGUUUGUGUAACUUGGGAAAUUUAUUUUUUACGACUCAAGAGAAAAACGCUCCUCUCCUUUUGGCAUUUGGACCUUGAUAAACAGCACAAAAAGAGCUGCUUUGCUUUCAUGCAAGGCUUCCAGUUUCCAUAGAUAUAAUUUUAGCCAGAGAGGAAUGUAAAUCAUAGGGGGAAAUAUAUAUUAUAUAAAGUUGUAUAAUAUACAAAAUAUAUAUGAACCAAUGUUAUUUAUGUGAAUUUAAGUCCAAUUAAAAGUCUGAUCCCAGA